AUGGCCGGUGUAAAGAGUGAGGUGAUUUAUCUCGGCGACAAGGACCUUAACCGCAACCGGAACAACCGCGAUCAGUCACCGGAGAGACAGAUCAAGGUGCUGUUUUUCGACCUGACACACUACAACCGAACCACUCAGUUCCUGCUAUGCUGUGCCGGUGUGUUUGUCCUCUAUCUGGUGUAUGGGUACAUGCAGGAGUUAAUAUUCACGCUGGAAGGAUUUCGCCCGUACGGAUGGUAUUUAACGUUGGUCCAGUUUGCUUACUACACCGCGUUUGGGUACAUUGAACGAUCGCUGGAGAAAACGACCGUUCCGCGUUGCAUUCCGAUGAGGACGUACGCGUUACUAGCCUUUCUAACCCUCGGUACGAUGGGUCUGUCCAACUCGAGCGUGGGUUACCUGAACUACCCCACGCAGGUUAUUUUCAAGUGUUGCAAGCUAAUACCCGUCCUGGUGGGAAGUGUGCUGAUUCAGGGCAAGAAGCACGGCCCAAUGGAUUUCUUCGCCGCUUUUGCCAUGUGCCUUGGGUUGAUCCUGUUCACGCUGGCCGACUCGAAGGUGCAGCCCGACUUCAACAGCUUUGGUGUGUUCUUAAUUUCAAUGGCUUUGCUGUGCGAUGCAGCGAUCGGAAAUGUCCAGGAGAAAGCGAUGAGGGAGCAUCGGGCACCGAACAAUGAAGUCGUCAUCUACUCCUACGGCAUUGGAUUUGUGUAUCUGGCUGUGAUAAUGCUACUGUCCGGGCAUCUGGUAAAGGGGGUCGUAUUCUGUGCCGAGUACCCGAUGAAAACGUACGGUUAUGCGUUCCUGUUCAGCUUAACCGGCUAUCUGGGUAUUCAGAUUGUACUGACGCUGGUACGGACGUGCGGUGCACCGCUGGCAGCCACGGUUACGACUGCGCGGAAAGCUGUGACGAUUGCUUUGUCAUUCGUGUUCUUCAGCAAACCAUUCACCAUACAAUAUCUCUGGUCCGGACUUAUCGUCGUGUUCGGGAUCUAUCUGAACGUUUACAGCAAACGCAGCAAACUUACCUUUGCCGAUUUGGGCCGGAUGCUCAACACGGUUUACCGAAAAAUAUCCCGACAGCCGACAAAGGACGGUGCCAAAACGUCUCUGCUGGAAGUGUGA